CUGGACAAUCAGUACACCAGCUCCAUGGGCUCCAGGUUCCCCGUCAAAUGGUCUCCACCUGAAGUUCUUCACUUCAACAAGUUCAGCAACAAGUCAGACGUCUGGUCAUUUGGCGUGCUGAUGUGGGAGGUUUUCUCGGAGGGAAAGACACCGUUUGAGAACUGCUCCAAUCUGGAGGUGGUGGAGAAGGUGACGCAGGGCGGCCGUCUCUACAGGCCACACCGGGCAUCUGCGCACAUCUACAACAUCAUGUACCGCUGCUGGCAUGAG